AAAGAGAACGUAAAUAUAAACAGAUUCAAGGACAAAAAAGUCAUAGCAGAUGAAAAAACACAAUUAUGAAGUGGGCAAACUGCCACACUGGCUUUUCAGCUCGACAGACUCAAAGUCUGCUUCUUUUUAAAUUUACAAUCUGGAUUUCAUCUGGAGAGCAAGCUUUUCCCACUGGUCACAAUUCUGGCACAGCUGCAGUUUUGCUUUGCGACUGUAACUGAACUGGCGGCGCUUACCAGCCUGCAUUUCUCACUCGGCUUCGAGUUGAUCUGUAAGGAAUGAAGAGAUUUCUUGAAAUGGAAGGAUGUACUGAUUUUGUUGAAAGAAAGAAAGAAAGAAAGAAAGAAAGGAUAAACCAGUGUCACUCUCAAGGACCGAGUGCUCAUUCCUAGUCUCUUGUACUGUAUAUAUAAACAUUUUUGGACCAGUCACCGGGAGUUACUUUUGAUCCUAAAGCUUUACUGCUGCCCAAUUUAACUUUGAAAGAAUGGUUUCACGCAGCACGUUCAUCGAUAACAAUAUUUUUGGAGUUGCUCGUUGACCAGCGCUGUCGGACGCAAUGGAACAUUUCCUGGAACAGACGCAUUCAGUGAUCUCUCUGUGGAGAGGGUAUCGGCUUCCUGAGCCCACGCGAACUAAUUCAGAACUCAAUUGAAACCGCAGCUCCAUUCCUCUGCCUCUCUGCUUGUUCAUCUACUUUCGCUUUGAGAAGUCCUCACCUUCUCCUAAGAUGACAACGCCCACGUUACAGCGGAGGGAUCAGGUUUCUCUAUGAAAUAGCUGCAGAUUUUGCCAUUGUUAGUUAUUACCUGAGCCCUGGGAAUGUAUGAGAAAGGGGAGUGGUUGAUAUAGUCAGCAAACUGGCUCCACUCCCAGCCCUGUCCCGUAACGUCACAGAUACCGGCCUUUGAGUUGACGUCGAUGGCUUUUGUUUUCCUUACGCAUAACUUGAAUUCUGUAGUUUUGAGCCAACUUCCGGACUUCCCGACAUUAACUUAAAGGUGGAUAUACUGUAAAGUCGUUUUCACCAUCCUUUCAGUACGGUGUCCGAUUAAACGACAAAUAAAAUGAACGACGGCAAAGAGGUGGAAAUGCAGAUAAUACCCGACACCCAACUGCACAACGGACAGGAUCAUGGGAGCAACAGUGAUGAAUGUAUUCCAUUGCAAAGUAUGGAUUUAGAAACCAGAACAUUACCUUUGGAAACAGCUAAUUCAUUGUCUAUUAACUGUGAAGCUGAAUCUCACGAGGUUGUAUCAAACAGAGGAAAGAAAAGAUGCUAUUCAAAGAGCAAAUUAGUCUGCUGGAAGCUGAAGCUGUGGCACAUUAUUUUAUUGAUCAUUCUACUGUUCGUCCUGGCAAUUCUGAUUAGCCUUGUCCUAUAUUCUGUGGUUUAUGAGGAUGAAGAUGAAAAGUUUGAUAAGCAAUCUUAUAUAAUACCUCAUAAUUACAAUGGUACACUUAGAGUAAUCAACUGCCAAGGCUCAACAGAAUCACCCCAGCAUCAUUUUGAGAGCAACUGCAUUUCACAGCACCUGAGAGAUAUGCUACUGAAGUUAUACAGAACUUCUCCUCUUUUGGGUCGCUAUUUUGUAGAUGCUUAUUCACUACCAAAUAGAACUAAUGACACCUUUGCAUACUACAGGCUACAGUUUCAAGUACCACCAGAAAACACAUUGCUGCUUAAAUAUACACUAAAUGAAGAAGUUGUGGUUAAUAUUUUUAAACAACAUUUAUAUGAUCAGGAGUUUGAGGAAAACAGGGUCUUAGUUAUAGACCCUGCUUCACUGUCCAUCCAUGUUGCUGAUUGAACCAAGGCACAAUGUCUUUUAUUUAGGUAAAAUACUAUAGUGUAUGGACCUUGUGGAUUCAAAGCAUUUCAGCUUUUGAAGAAAAUCAACGACCAGAAAAGACUUCUUUUAUUGGUAAACUGAUAUGAAACAUUAUGUUUCAAGUAUGCACCAAAGACCUGUAACUCCAAAGAAAUCAUCAUCUUCAUCAUCAUUGUCCAAAGACUGUGAAGUUUUUGUUACUGUCAGUGUAUUUCUUUUUAUUAUAUUUUUAGUACCACUGAUAAAUAAAUUAUUGAAUGAUGUGGACCAUGGUUACUACUGGACAGCUCUAGUAAUAUGUUUCAUUAGCUGUGAAAACUGUACAAUUUUAUUGUUUAUUAGUAUUUGUAUAUUUAUAUUUGUAAAAAACGUAUAACAGUUUCAUUGUUAAUCUUGCUGCAGAAAUGAUAUAUUAUUGUAAAUCCUACCUUGUUAUUUGCGAUUUUUAAGAAACAGGUCUGAAUCUGUGUUAUGUCAUUUAUUUUAAGCUAUUGCUGUAUAUACAUAUCUAUCUAUCUAUCUAUCUAUCUAUCUAUCUAUCUAUCUAUCUAUCUAUCUAUAUUAGGCCUUGGAUAGAUAACACAUUCAUUUUGCUUAUUAAUUUGGCCUGUUUAAUGCAUUAAAAAAAUACAGUUGUUAAAAAAUAAUGUCUCAGGCAGUGCUAUGGUCAGGGUGGCAUAUUUGUGGGGUUUUUUUUUACAUUACAAAAAAAUAAUAAUACAGAUUAGUUAUGUGUGUGUCUAAAGAAUUACAUGCACAUCCAGUACCAAAUUUACAUACUAAAUUAAAAAAAAUUUAAAUAAAAUUUUCAUUUUAAAGUUUUAACAUUUCAUAUUACGCAGUACACAAUGAUACACCACAAUUCAGUACUUAGCAUUGGUGUUCAUUUUCUUUAUUUACACAUACUGACAUAGGUGCAGGGUAGUGGGAGGAAAGGGGGUGGAGAGGGUUUAAGUUAUCUUUGAGUAGCACUAAAACCAAAAUACUGUAAGUCUGUUGUAUCUCUGCAUUUAACUUGCCAGUCUGCCCACCAGAUUACAGUGCUGACUGCCCUAAUAUAAUGACAAAAUUCUCCAAAAUGGAAUUGUAACGAUUAUCCACACCUAUGAUUUAAGUUUUCAGUAUCUUCGAUAAUUUAUGCAAAGAACACAACUUAACCAUCAAAGUAAUGCAUUGUGUCACUCUUUACGGAGAUCAUUUUUAGUGUGCCAGAAGCAAACGGUGUAGGUAGAGAAGUGUUUUUCAACCAUUUUUCAGUGGUAGCAAACUUUUUGUAAUCCAAAAAAUCCCAGGGCACACCGUGAUUCUGCCAACCACAAAAGCAUUGAAUCUAUACAUGCUAAAUUGUCCAAAGGAGCAGGACAGGGGGUGGCAAGUAAAGAAGCUCAGAGAUUGCACUUUGUGAGCACUUUGGACACAUUUUCCAGUUGGUUCAUCCCUUAUACAAGUAGCCCUCUCUAUGCCUCACUCCACUAACCUGGUGUCAGAGGCAACUUGUAUACCCACUGUCCCUCAACGCUGCAAGAGUUGUUGGCGAACUUGCACCCAGGCAGAUGGGGCCCCUUAGUGCUGUGUCUGCAAAAUGCUGAUCACAGACCUGCUUUUAUGUCAUUUUCUUCAGAUAGUUACAUCCACCUCAGACAGGUCUCGACCACCUGAGGAGCAUGUCCUCCUCAGGUGAAGUCCUUGGGGCAAUACACUAUAAUUUCCAUGGCACACCAAUUGAAAAACACUGGUGUAGAGUAUAAUUAUCAAGUCAUUGAUGGUGAUGAUUUACAUAGUUUUAAGGCAAGUUUUAAUGUAUUCACAUUUAAGAGAUGCUUAUUCUUUCAAUUAAAACAGUCUUCAGCAGUGCAAUCAGAGUCAACAGUCGUUUUGAUAAUUUAAUUUUUGCUUUGAUGUCUGUGUCUCCCAAUUUGAUAAUUAAUAAAUUGGCCUUAAUUUCUUAUUGCCUUCUUUUUAACUUGCCAUUUAGGAAGGCUUUCAAAUUCAGGUU